UCUUUCAAUUUAGCUUCUUAUUUCUUAUUCCCUUUUAAGCAGGUGUGAUAUCCCCCAUACCCGUCCGACGUUCUAUAUUUGCCGCUACUCUGACGGCUUCCUCUGGAAAAGGCAAGGAGAAAAUGAUUUCUGAUCAUGCCUCUGCGGAGCAAACGCGAAAGAAACGCAAGGGGAAUGACGGCAACAUAUUGAUCCUGGUCGAUCACGUAGUUGAUUUGACCGGGUCGGAAGGUGAACCCAAAAAAUCUAUGCCUGCCAAACCAACAACUCCAGCUCUUUCUGAUGCGCCGGUCGAUGAUCGGGUGUUUGUUGAGUUUUCAAACAUGGGACCUAGAUCAGAAGGGAGAUACCGGUUCGGGCUGAUGCCAUCCUCCAUGUGGAGUCAUACUGCGAUUAAGGUUCCCCCCAGUUUCACGAACUUGACUCACUGGUGAGAUCUUUUUGAAGCAGGUCAUCAAGAAGCACUCAAGGCCGGUGUAUACUAUCAUAAGGCCUUUCUUGCGGCCGAAAAGGAAAUGAAAACCCUGGCCAGCGAUCGGGAUGACAGCCAGGUCCUUCUUUCUGCCGCUCGGAAAUUAGCGGCUGAUCUACAAGAACGAGCCAAGGAAGGUGAGAAGGCAAAAGCUGCUCUGGCUGAAAUGCAAGAGAAAACCCGACGUCGCGACCGGGAGAUUAAAGAACUCCGGGCCAAGGUGCGGGCUGCCGAAUCCGCCGGGAUCAAAUUUGACAAGGCCGUUGGUGACAAUCUGCCCGAACGUUAUACGGUCAACACUCCUCAGAUCGCAAAUUAAUCAAUAGUUGAUUAUCAACGAGGCAAAGGGCUGAACGUCGCUCUGGAGAACACAACCCGGCAAUUCCUGGGACCUCAUCUUGGCCAAUUCUUACGCGAAAGCGAGGAUCCCAUCAAGGCAGGGAUCGAUCUCCUGGACAGCACGCCGGAAGGGAAAUUUUUUUUGGAUGUCCUGACCGAGAAAACUGUG